AAACUGUACAGUAUUACAUCAGCGUUGUCCUCCCUUCACCCGCAAAUAAUUUACUGAAGACCGCCAACGAAAAGCUCGAAACGCAAGGCAAGCAAUCGCUGCUACCUCGAAAAUCGCGUCCCUUCAACUCACUAUUUCGUUCUUCAGCCUUCUCAAGAUCUCUCAAAAAUGACCCACGACGCCGUUUGGUUCUCUCGUCCUAGAAAAUUCGGUAAAGGCAGCCGUCAAUGUCGUCUCUGUGCCCACCAGGCCGGGCUUAUCCGCAAAUAUGGUCUUGAUCUCUGCCGUCAGUGUUUCCGCGAGAAGUCUGCUGCCAUCGGUUUCGUCAAGAACCGGUGAAUUUAUUCCUUGCUGGAUGGCUGUUCCUCGACUCUGCUUCCGUUUCAGCUCUACAUGUGGUCUCCUUUAGGAUACGCCUUUCAACUCGAUAGCGCAUGUUUCUCUCCAUAUUUCAUUUGCGCAAUCACUACCAUGAAAUGUAAACACCAUGCUUCUCACCAUGAUUGAGGUGUGUCACCUAUCGC